GCCUCGACGUCACUUCCGCUUUGCCAGAGAGGGCGGAAAAGCAACUUUCGUCUCGGGUGAAGAAGAAGCGAGGAAGCGCAAAGAAACCUGCGCGAAAUACCUUCCCAGAGUGGUGCAGAACAGACCGCCUGCUGCGCGCUUGAGGACUUUACACGGUUUUUGAGGGAAAGUUGUAGCCGAAAUGGCUGAAAUGUUUGGCUGGGGACAGCCCACCAUGCAGCAAGGCACGCCGUACAUCGAGAUCAUCGAGCAGCCCAAGGCAAGAGGGAUGCGAUUUCGUUAUAAAUGCGAGGGGAGGUCAGCAGGCAGCAUACCGGGAGAAAAGAGCAACGAUUCCACCAAAACACACCCAGCCAUCAAGGUUCAUAACUUCAGCGGCCCAAUCAGAGUGAAGAUCUCUCUGGUUACCAAGAACCAGCCGUACAAGCCCCACCCACACGAGCUGGUCGGAAAAGACUGUAAACACGGCUACUAUGAAUCUGACCUGCCCGAGAGACGGGUUCACAGUUUCCAGAAUCUCGGUAUUCAGUGCGUGAAGAAAAAGGAUGUGGCCGAAGCUGUUUCCUGUCGCCUGCAGACACAGAACAACCCUUUUAACAUUCCCGAAGCCAAAGUGUGGGAGGAAGAGUACGACCUGAACGCUGUCCGCCUCUGUUUCCAGGCAACCAUCACCCUGGCAACCGGCGAGCUGUAUUCUUUGGAGCCUAUCGUCUCUCAGCCUAUCUACGACAACAGAGCUCCGAACACCGCCGAGCUAAAGAUCUGUCGCGUGAACAAGAACUCCGGCAGCUGCCGGGGCGGAGAUGAAAUCUUCCUUCUGUGUGACAAAGUGCAAAAAGAGGACAUCGAGGUGCGCUUCUUCCGAGACUCUUGGGAAAGCAAAGGUUCGUUCUCUCAGGCCGACGUCCAUCGACAGGUCGCCAUCGUGUUCCGCACGCCGCCCUACUGCGACACGAACCUGACCGAGCCUGUGAAAGUCAAGAUGCAGCUCCGCAGGCCAUCAGACCGCGAGGUCAGCGAGGCAAUGGACUUCCAGUACCUUCCUGCAGACCCAGACGAGUACAGACUAAUGGAGAAGAGGAAGCGGAAUGAAGGAAUGCUCCAAAACCUCAAACUGGACAACCUUGUCACAGGUAACAUGUCUCAGAGGCCUUACAGUACUGCCAGAAGAACACUUACAGCUUCAAAACCCUCGGCUGCUGCCAGCGUUCCACCAGUGGUAAAUCCUGUGUCAUGCAUUGGUGCAGCAAAGACUCAUUUGUUCAGUUCUCCUGCUCCAGGCCAACUGUUCCAAACCCAGACUAAAACCGAGCCGGCGCCCUCUAAUGGAGAUGGGUGGAAGUUUUUGAACAACGUCACUACAGCCAUGACUCAAUCCUUCCGCACCGUCAAUCUUUCCGACCUAAACGACUUUUCCUUUUCUACUUUUCAUCACCCGACUCCUGACCAAUCCGACACGGGCAGCAGGAGGGACUUAGCUGGGACUAUUUUGGCCCAGGAGGGUCCAACCACAUUCAGCAUAAAUGAUGAGGGUGAGAUUCCAGAGUUCCCGAGUUUUAGUGAAGCUCAGACGUCCGAUGUAGAGAACAUCAACACUGACGAGUUUCAAGCGCUCUUGGGCCAGAGCGGUCUUCACGGAGACAGCACUUCGGCUACUUCUGUAUGUCAAGCCAACACCGCAGCAAACGUGACCAUCGAUAACGCGUUGGGUUCCAACGGUUCGGAGCAGGUGGGGAGAAACGUCACCAACGGACCCUGGAUGAAUUUCCCACCGAGCAUCGUCAGCCUUUUGCAGAACGAGCCGAUCACAGACACGGAGUUUCCCGGCACAUCCGCCCCAUCUGCCCUCGACGACAUGGACAUGCUGACCUCCAUGGAAGAAGACCGUCUCAUGUCCAUUUUUGACGGCAACAACCAAGUCGGCUUCAUGUCUGGACAUCCCACUUAGAUAUUUGCAGACAGCUGGAUUUGCACCAUGAUUGUAUCGAGUGUGGAACUCGAAGGACAAGAGAAAGAAAAAACUAAACAGAGCCUGGAUUUUCCCACUGAGGCCAUUUCAGCCGACAAAUUCCUUAUCCCCCGUGUCUCAUAUGUGGGUUUUUGUUUCUAAUCGAGGCUGUUUUAAUUUUACUCACCAGUUCCACAUCCGUCGACGGUUUUCUUUCACGCUCAGGUUUUGUAAAGAAUCUCGGCUCUGAGCUGUUCCCAUCUGGUGCGCCAUUUCUUUCGACCUUGCUUUACAUCAAAUGUCUACUAACUUCAAGUUUUUGGUUACACAAUAUUAUAUCAAUAUAAUAUAUUCAGAAACUCAUGCUAAUGUUACUUAAAGCUGAUUGGUUUAGCAGUUCUCACGCCAUUCUGAUAGAAAACGAUCCUUGACGUGACACUCAUGUUACUUUCUUUAUAUAUAUCAUGCAAAAGCCACGUGACCUGAUCAUGUGAUUAGUGGUUAGUCAGUAAUACAUCUCAGUAAAGGUUUAUAAGGUUUAUGAGGUGUCUGGGAUUUGGGGAUUCAGUUCUCUUUUAAUGCACAGCAGGAAUUCAGAUUUGUUCACCCACUCAGUGGACCUUUAAGUACUUAGACAUCAUUGGUAUUAUUUUAUAUUUAUUUUUGGACAAAAAAAACAAUCGCUAAUUGUCUUGAUUUUUGUAUAAAUGUAAGGGAACGAUAAUGAAUGUAACAAUUUAUAUUACAUUCAAUAUACAGUAGCAGUGUAUCCACUGUUAGCACAACAGCUCGAGUCAAAUUUAAUUGGCAGUUUAGGCAAUUUCCAUCUGUGUCGUCCCAUGAUUAAAGGUUUAAAGCAAUAUUAAUUUUAUUGCUAUUGUGGGAAAAGACUGAUUCUCAAAUUUCUGAAAUUGGACUCGUUGGAUUGAAAGUGUUCCUUUGGAGACUAGAAAUGGAGCCGAAGUAACGUUACUUUUAGUAUUUUGUGUUUUUGUUUUUUUUUUUUCCCUUUAUUUUUUUUUUUUUUUAGACACUAAUCUUCUAAUCUACGUUUUCUAAAUGGGGGGAAAAAUUAUAUAUAUAUAUUAGUAUAAUAUUAUUUUGUGUGUAUAUUAUAAUUAUAUAUAUAUAAUUAUAUAUAUAUAUAUAUAUAUAUAUGUAUAUGUGUGUGUGUGUCUAAUAUACACGUGUGUGUGUGUGUGUGUGUGUAUGUGUGUGUAUAUACAUAUAUACUGCCAAAAAUGUCACCACCUGGACUAAGCAAAUAGGGAAGGGCCUCCCAUUGGAUGAGAAAUUUCCGCAUUGUGGGGCAAAAAAAGGUAAAUCUUAUCUUAUUGUUUCAUCCGGCAACAAGUUAUUUAACCCUAACUGGUGCACUGAGUAGCUUCUUAUUUCUUAAACAACUGUGUUAGAAGACACAUCCUGUGGUCGUGGAAAAGAUGUUAAUCUGUUACAGAUGGUAAAAUUAUUGGCAUCAUCAAGCAAAGAAAACAUCUAAGGAGACUGCAGAAACUAGUAAAAUCGAGUUAAGAACCGUCCAACGCGUUAUUCAAAAGUGGAACCUUCAUAGGGAUCCAUCAUCUUUGAGGAAGUAAUGUGGUCGGAAAAAAAUCUCGAAUGAUCGUUUAUUUCUAUAUCGCAACAUUGUCUCAAAGCAGCUUUACAGAAUCAACAGUUAAGGUGAAUGAUGUGUAUUUAUCCCUGAUGAGCAGCCAUGACUGUGGCAAGGAAAAACUCCCUUAGAUGUAAUGAGAAAGAAACCUUGAGAGGAACCAGACUCAAAAAGGGGAAACCAUCCUCAUCUGGGUGACAUCGAGGUCGACCAUUCAAUCCCUUAAACGUUUGUUGAAAUUUAAAUAGUAACAAAACAACAGUAGAACUCACGGCUUUGUUUAAUAGCGACAGUAAGAGCAUUUCCACACGCACAAAGGGAACUCAGGGGAUUGAGACUAAACAGCUGUGUGGAUUUAAGAAGGGGGAAAAAGAGAUGACUAGUGCCUACCGUACACGCCUGUGGGGGCAGUGCUAUGAUCUGGGGUUGGUCAGGUCUCGGUUCAGCAUGAGCUCAGCUCAUAAUGACCAGGUUAUUCCAUCAUUGGAUUUCUUCUUUCCUGAUGUCAUGGCCAUAUUCCAAGAUGAGUCCAGACCUGAACCCCAUUAUCCAUACUCUCCCUUUAUCCAUACAAGAGCUUGGUGGAAAACUCUGGAUAGGAAUAAAUAUUGUGACAUUGGAGAAGCUUAUCAAAACAAUGCCACAGUCGGAUGCGUGCCGUAAUCAAACCUAAAGGCGGUCCAACAAAAUGUCCUUUUUUUUUUUUUUUUUUGUUGGAUGGGCAGUGUUUAUUACUGACUAACCACUAAUCACAUGAUCAUAAUAAAAUUAUGAAAUCGGACAAUCACAUUUCACAUCAAACCAUAUUUUAUUUUGCUGUUUGUUUGUUUUCUGCUUCAUCUUUCUUUCUCUUGAGAAUGAAAUAAAGACGGGAAUAGUGCAUGCUCGGAAAUAUGUCUAGCCGAAACAGAGUGCAUUGUUGAAUGAUGAAAGUGAGCAAGGUGUGUACAUAGUGAAUAAGGGCGAGGCGAUAUAGUAUCACAAUAUGUAUCAAGCUAUUACGUUGUUGGAAAUGACACCAAAUUGGACUGUGUACAGAAGUACUGGCGCCCCCCCUUUCAGAAAUAUGCCACGACUAUACCAUGUAAAACACUCGGGGGCGCUGUUGUGAGGUGUGGUGGAUGGUUGAAACCGUCCUGACUUUGAUAUAAUAGCAAUAUGUGCAAAGAAUCGUUUUUUUUAUUCUGUUAAUAAAGGACAUGUAAUACUUUUUUUUUAAUUAAUAUUUGAAUGAAACCAGCACAGGUCAGAGCUGCCGUUCUAGAAUAGUAAUCAACCCAUUAUAACCACUCAGAUCUUUUUUUUUUUUUUUUCUCUCUCGGAUACUGGCACAUUCAUUAUCCAGCGUUUUACUUUUGAAUUUUCUGUACUGAGGGUUUUGUACAUUGGUACAGAUUGAAAGGUUCAAGGCAGCAGACAUGCUCAUUAUAAUAAAGUUUCAUAUGGAUCUCUUUUCUUUCUUUGUCAUAUUGUUGUUUAGUAAUGAGGCAUUAUGAAAGGGUUGUUUUCACUUAGACUGUCAUUCUCUCUCAAAUACUCCAUUCAAUUAGUUUUUAUGAAUAGAAGCUGAACUGCAAUCCAGAUGACGUGUAAAAAAAAAAAGUAUGUAGAUUUGAUACUCUUGCCUGUCCUUUUAUUUUUGAUCAAAUAGAAACUAAAGAGAAAUAUAUUUCCAUUAAAUAUAA